GAGCAAAGGGAAACAGAGGAUUGACGUGAGGAGCCACUUGAGGACAAUGAUAUAUUUGAUUUGGGUCUACACAUGGAAGCAGCAGGAAGGGAGAGCGAUGGUGCUGAAAGGGACAGUUCCGGUGUGGGUGUCCGCGCACUGACGGGCUGCGCUCUCUGCGCCCUCAUCCUCUCCACGCUGCUGGGGAACACACUCGUGUGCGCCGCCGUCAUCAAAUUCAGACAUCUCAGAUCCAAAGUCACUCAUUUUUUCGUCAUAUCCCUGGCAGUUUCCGAUCUCUUCGUGGCUGUUCUGGUUAUGCCAUGGAAGGCUGUCUCUGAGGUGGUUGGUUGCUGGCUCUUCGGAAGCUUCUGUGACACUUGGAUAGCCUUUGAUAUCAUGUGCUCAACGGCUUCUAUUCUCAAUUUGUGCAUUAUAAGUUUGGACAGAUACUGGGCCAUCUCAAGCCCAUUUCGUUACGAACGUAAAAUGACCCAAAGGGUGGCGUUUAUAAUGAUUGGAAUGGCGUGGUCCCUUUCUAUCCUGAUUUCUUUCAUUCCGGUCAGACUCAACUGGCACAGGGCUGAGACAGAUCGCAACGCUCCCUUAAACCGCACCACAAUCCCAUUCGAGGACUGCACUGCGACUUUAAACAGGACGUAUGCCAUUGCAUCUUCACUCAUAAGCUUUUACAUCCCUGUUAUUAUCAUGAUCGGAACAUAUACACGCAUCUACAGGAUUGCGCAAACGCAGAUCCGAAGGAUCUCCACUUUGGAGAAAGCAGCUGGACAUAAUCCAAAUCACAAUGACUGCACAAGUGAACAGUCCCUUAGAAGCACUUUCAAGAAGGAAACUAAAGUAUUGAAAACACUGUCUAUCAUCAUGGGGGUCUUUGUGUUCUGCUGGCUGCCAUUCUUCGUGCUGAACUGCGUCGUGCCUUUUUGUGACCUGGACACGCUUGGAGAUUCUUUGUGCGUGAGCAGCACCACGUUCAACAUCUUCGUGUGGUUCGGAUGGGCAAAUUCCUCCCUCAACCCGGUCAUCUACGCGUUCAAUGCAGAUUUCAGAAAAGCCUUUACUACUAUACUGGGUUGCAAUAGACUUUGCGCACCGUCCGCGGUAGAGGUUGUGAAUUUCAGCAAUGAACUGGUGUCUUACCAUCAUGACACAACUCUCCAGAAGGACGCAGUGGGGGUUUCCAAUCCUCAGCGGCUGGCUUUGGUCCCCGGUCAUGCGGAGGACCUGGACUUACCUUUCGACAAGGUCUUGGUCAUGUCGGAUUCCUCCCGUAUCCACAGAAAUGUGCUAUUGCCUGCUCUAGAGCAGCAGGAAGGUGAAAUGGAGAUAUCGUUGGACAUGAUGCCCUUCACCUCCACAGGACUGAGCGACUGCUGUGUGAUCCCAGGUCAAAUUGAGGAGUAG